AUGAUUAAUAAAGCAUAAAAAAUAAUCUUGAAAUUUAUGUAAAGUCGAGUUUCCUUUUCCAUUUCUAGUUGUCAUCACUGCUCCCCAAAGCUUCAAAUUGGCGUUUUUCUUUUCAUCAUUUCGUAAUAGUCAAGCUUCCGCCAGCAGCCGCCACCGUCAAUGGCGGAAGAAAAACAUGGGAAGAAGAAGAAGCACAAGAAGCCGAAACACCAACACCCCAACGACCAGACCUCGAAGACAUCGUCCUCGGAUUUCUCGUUCAAGCCCAGCUCCGAAGUGAAGGGUCUCCGAUUCGGCGGCCAAUUCAUCGUGAAGUCCUUCACAAUCCGCCGGGCACGCUCGCUGGAGCUCCUCCGCCUCCUCUCCCUUCCGCCGGCGUACGCUGCCGGCGACAACCCGCCGUUCCCCUCGACGGCGGCGUUCCUGCCAACGAAUUUCACGAUCUUAGCCCACCACGCCUGGCACACCCUCACUCUGGGCCUGGGCACCCGGAAAUCGAAGGUGGUCCUGUUCAUUUUCGAGUCGGAGAACCUGAAGGCCACCGUGGAGUGCCAGUGGCCGCCUGAGCUGCCGCUGGGGGAGGUGAACAAGAAGCUGAUCAGAGGGCUGAGCGGCUGCGACGCCGCCCGGUUCAAGUUCCGGAAGGGGUGCAUAACGUUCUACGUUUACGCCGUGAGGAGAAGCGCCGGCGGAGGCCUUCCGGCGGGAUUUUCUUGCGCCGACGAUCUGAGAACGAUUCUCCAAUCCGUGGUCGCGCUCAAGGAUUUCUUGGAUCACACCGCCAUGCUCGCUUUGCCCAACCAGAGAAGCAUCAACUAUGAAGCUCCGCCACAACACGUAGCCAUGCCUCACUAGCCCACCACCCCUACCCCCCCCCCUCCCCUUUUUUUUUUUUUUUUUUUUUUUUUUAAUAUUAUUUUUCACCAAAUUUUAAUAUUUAAUCAGUUUGUCUAAACAAUAUUGUUUCCUGAAAUUCAGGUUUGUAUGUUUUUUUUUUUUGAAUGAUCUUAUUUGUCAUUAAAUCAUUUUUCUUCAUUAUAUUUUAUUUUU